AACGCCGUGAGAUUUGUGACAUAUUUUGACCCUUUUGGCUUUCCAUACUCUCCUCUCCUGUGACGCUGUAGCAGCCGAGCCGCUGCCGGUUCGCUCCCGUCCCUCUGCCCGGCUGGCUGCGUGCUGCACACCGUGUUAAACGGGAGACAUAUAGACACAGCGAGGGCACAUAGGCGAAAAAAAAACCAUUAGCGGAUCUGAACUAUACGGACUGUGGAUUAAAGGAGAGGAACGACGGACAAUUUGAAGCCGUGACUGCUGCGACAGGGAGCCGCUUCAGCCUACUGUCCAAUUAACAAGGUCAGAGGUCAGUGAAGGCAGUGGUACCAGUUGGUGGAGAUGAUGUCCAUGCAAAUGAGUGAGGCGAACAGUGUGGUGAAGGUGGCGGAAUGGCAGCAGACCUAUUACGCCUCAGAUUCUGGAAUCCAAUCAGGAGCCACCACAGUCCUGGACGAUGAGAGCAGCACUGAGUACAGCGGCCGUAUAAAGUACAAUGGUAGUACUACAACCAGUACUAACACUGCUUCUGCUACUGCCACCACUGGGAGAGAAGGAGACACAGCAGCUGGUGGAAUAGAGAGCCCCACGGAUUUAGAUGCUCAGUACUCUCUAACCCGUGCUCAGCGCGUCAGGGCCGCCAUGUUCCCAGAGACCCUAGUGGAGGGGGAGGCGGCCAUGCCCGUCCAAUCAGAUCCUUCACAGCAAAGUAAUGUGCAACGACUUGCUGAGCCUUCCCAGCUGCUAAAGACGGCUAUAGUCCACCUGAUAAACUACCAGGACGAUGCCGAGCUGGCCACUAGGGCAGUACCAGAGCUCACCAAGCUGCUAGGGGACGAAGAUCCGGUUGUGGUGAACAAGGCAGCCAUGAUAGUCAACCAGCUGACACGUAAGGAGGCCAGUCGUCGGGUGCUGGUGCAGUCUUCGGCCAUGGUGAGCGCUGUGGUGCGCGCCAUGACAACUGCGGUUGACAUGGAGACAGCCCGUUGUGCGGCCAGCGUGCUGCACAGCCUGUCGCACCAGAGGGAGGGACUGCUGGCCAUAUUCAAGUCUGGAGGGAUACCUGCACUGGUGCGCAUGCUAAGUUCACCGGUGGAAUCAGUCUUAUUUUAUUCCAUCACCACCCUCCACAACCUGCUGCUGCACCAAGAGGGGGCCAAGAUGGCAGUGCGCCUUGCUGAUGGCCUGCAGAGGAUGGUUCCCUUACUAAAAAAGAGCAACCCCAAGUUCCUGGCCAUCACCACUGACUGUCUGCAGCUCCUGUCAUAUGGCAACCAGGAGAGCAAGCUGAUCAUCCUAGCCAAUGGAGGCCCAGAGGGUCUGGUGUUCAUCACGAGGAACUACAACUACGAGAAGCUCCUGUGGACCACCAGUCGCGUUCUUAAAGUGCUCUCUGUCUGUCCCAGCAACAAGCCUGCGAUAGUAGAGGCUGGUGGUAUGCAGGCUUUGGGCCAACAUCUUACAGGUUCUAGUCAGCGUCUGAUCCAGAACUGUCUAUGGACACUCCGCAAUCUGUCAGAUGCUGCAACCAAACAGGAGGGAUUAGAUGGUCUGCUGCAGAUAUUGGUCACCCAGCUGGGCUCAGAUGACGUCAACAUGUUGACCUGCGCAACUGGCAUCCUGUCAAACCUCACCUGUAAUAACUCACGCAACAAGACUCUGGUGACUCAGUAUGGCGGUGUGGAGGCGUUGAUCCACGCCGUGCUUCGAGCUGGGGAAAAAGAGGAUGUUGCUGAGCCGGCAGUCUGUGCCCUGCGUCACCUCACCUCUCGCCACCAGGACGCCGAGCUGGCCCAGAAUGCUGUGCGGCUGCACUACGGUAUCCCAGCUGUCGUCAAGUUGCUGGGGCAGCCGCACUACUGGCCUGUAGUAAAGGCUACGGUUGGUCUGAUCCGGAACCUGGCGCUGUGCCCGGCCAAUCAGGCGCCCCUGAGGGAGGCAGGUGCUAUUCCACGAUUGGUCAACCUGCUGCUGAAGGCUCAUCAGGACACACAGAGACACGCCUCAUCGGCACAGCAAACAUACCAGGAUGGUGUUCGCAUGGAGGAAAUAGUAGAGGGCUGCACAGGAGCGCUUCACAUUCUGGCGAGAGACCCCAUAAACAGAGGAGAGAUUGCUAGCAUGCAGACCAUUCCACUGUUUGUACAGCUGCUGUACUCGUACGUGGAGAACGUGAAGCGAGUAUCGGCGGGUGUCCUGUGCGAGCUGGCCCUGGACAAACAGUCUGCAGAGCUCAUCGAUGCAGAGGGAGCGUCGGCACCACUCAUGGAGCUGCUGCACUCCAACAACGAGGGAAUCGCCACGUACGCGGCAGCAGUGCUGUUCCGAAUUUCGGAAGACAAGAGUUCAGACUACAGGAAGAGAGUGUCAGUGGAGCUCACACACUCACUCUUCAAACAUGACCCUGCCGCCUGGGAAAUGGCCCAUGCAGUUCCUUUGGAGCCUACAUACCUAGCUGAUGAGAUAGAUGGCUCUUACCCUCCCUAUGGCUACGCUGAUCUGUCUCUGGACAGCCUGCCGCUAGAUCCUGACCUCCACGAGCCCUAUAUCCCCGACAUGACCUAUGACCCAAGACAAGUCUACCCUGAACCACUCUAACAGGAGAUUAAAACAGAAAUGCUGAAAGAAAACAAGAGAAUGAACAAAUCACAGGAAGAAAGACUGGAGGAAUGGAUGGAGGAAGAAGGAGAUUGGAGUUUUUAAUCACAAACGGAAUUGGCCCUUUCCAACGAGAGGGGGGAAAAAAAAUCCCAUUUGGCAAUCAAGAACUAUCAAAAGAGGUUGCUUAUUAAAAAGAGGUUUAUUGUUGCUGUAAAUGAAAUAUGUAACUUUGUUAUAAUGUUUUACUGUGGGGUGGAAGUGUGUGUGUGGGGGGGUGUCUGAAGAUUUGAGACAUUGUUACACGGGUAACUUUUUGAA